AGCAGGAGGCGGUGAUGGUGAUGGAGUGCGGGGCGCCGCCGGCCUCGCAACAGCUGCUGUUCCGCGCGUGCGAGGAGGGCGCCUUCGAGAACGCUCGGCGGUUACUGGAGCCGGCGGGAGCGGACGUGGUCGUCGUCGGCACCGCCGCCACCAACCACCACCACCACCUGACGUGCCCGCAACAUCAGGUGCCCGUGGACUGCACGGACGACGACGGCAACACGGCGCUGCAGUUCGCCGCCGGCCACGGCCACGAGCAGCUGGUGCGCUUCCUGCUGAUGAAGGGCGCGUCGGUGGACAGCCGCAACAGCUACGGCUGGAGCCCGCUGAUGCAGGCGGCCCGGCACGGCCACCUGGCCGUGGCCCGGCUGCUGCUGGAGAACCAGGCGGACGUCAACGCGGCCAACAAGCUGGGCGCCUGCGUGCUGGCGGCGGCGGCGCGCGGCGGCCACGCGGGCCUGACUCGGCUGCUGCUGGAGAGCGGCGCGCGGUUGGCGUGCACGCGCGGCGGCCGCGGCCGCGACCACCAGGAGGAGGAGGUGGAGGUGGUGGAGGAGGAGGUCCGCGCGCUGAUGGUGUGCGCGCAGCACGGGCACGAGGCGGCGGCUCGCGCGCUGCUGGAGUGGGGCGCCGACCCGCGGGGCGCGGCCCCCGCCACGGGCUGGAGCGCGCUCAUGCUGGCGGCGCUGGCCGGCCGCCUGCCCCUGGCCCGGCUCCUGGUGGAGGCCGGGGCCGACCCCAACCCCCAGAGCGCGGCCGGCCACACCGCCCUGCAGCUGGCCUCCGCCGCCGGCCAGGAGGAGGUGAGGAGCUACCUGGACUCCAGGACCACGAACCGGCCCCAGUCAGAUGAAGAGAAACGGAGACCAGACAUUUUCCGUGCACUAAAACUGGGAAGUUACCAGCAUGUGAAGGAGAUUUUGGAUGAAGAUGUAAGCCAAGCCAAUGUCAUAAAUGCAGAUGGUGCUUCUCCAUUAAUGAUCGCUGCUAUGACUGGCCAGCUGGACCUUGUACAGCUUAUUGAAAGAAACGCUGAUAUUGACAAGCAAGAUAGUGUACAUGGGUGGUCUGCCUUAAUGCAGGCUACUUACCAUGGGAGUAAAGAUGUUGUAAAGUAUUUAUUGAAUCAAGGAGCAGAUGUCAACCUUCGUGCCAAAAAUGGAGUAACUGCAUUCGAUCUUGUAAUGCUGUUAAAUGACCCAGACACAGAACUGGUACGGCUGCUAGCAUCUGUCUGCAUGCAGGUAGACAAGGAGAAGGGAAAACCCAAAUCCAAGACAUUGCCUCGCUCAAAAAGCAAACUAUCUUUGAACCUUCCUAUGCCUCCAGAGGACAAGGGCGGAUUAAAGUCUUGGUGGAAUAGAAUGUCCAACAGAUUCCGUAGACUGAAGCUGACCCGGACCCUUCGUCAUGGCUUUUCCACCAACCGACUUGCACCUUUUCCAGAUGAUCCUGAAGUAGGCUUCGAUUCAACAAUGAAAGCCAGCCUGAAGGAUGACCGAAAUAAUUUGUCAGUGACAAGAUCUUCAAACAUUGGAAAUACUGAGACAUUUAAAGCAUGGACAGGAAAAAACAAGGAUAAUGGACCGGGCCAUACUGGUGCAGAAAAAGAUGAUAUUCUCCUUACAACUAUGUUGCGGAAUGGUGCCCCAUUUACCCGCCUUCCCAGUGACAAGCUGAAAGCUGUUAUUCCUCCAUUCUUGCCUCCAUCAAACUUUGAACUGUGGAACUCUGACAGAACACGAAGCAACACAAAUGAUCAAACUAGGUUUUCUAUGCCUCGCAGACUUAUAAAACCCAACUUCAGCAGCAGUGAGAGUACUGACAUAACAUCUGUCAGCAGGAUGGGGAGACCUGUUAAACUUCCUCCCAUUCCAAAUCUUACCAGGAGCCCAGGUUCUCCCUCAAACUCUGGUAACUUCAGCUAUUCUCCACAUUCCUCUGCUGGAUCUAAUGGUGUGGCUGGUGUAAAUAGACAUAGCAGCGACCCACAUAACCGAUCAGGAGGAAGUGCAGAUAGUGUCCUGUCACAAAUUGCAGCCCAAAGACGGAAAGCAGCGGGUUUACCUGAUCUCAAGUCAAGCCAGUCUGACAGUCCGCCUCAACCAGUUUCAGUUGAUAUCAGCUUUCCUGAUCUUCAGUCCUCUCCAUUGGGGCGUACCUCUAUUUUACAGAGAUGUGACAACAAACGGCGCCCAUCAUCUGUUACGUCUUCAAAUUCAAAGAGCACUUCUCCUACUCUGACUCCAUCGCCAUCCCCUACCCCUAAAGGUCCUCACGGAGAAUUGUCAAUGUCCUCUUCAUCCUCACAACAACAGUCCAAGAGCAGUGGUGGGUCCAGUAGUGGAACGCUCACAGAUGAAGAUGAGUUGUCUGGUAUCCUGAAAAAGCUGUCAUUGGAAAAAUACCAACCUAUAUUUGAGGAACAAGAGGUGGAUAUGGAAGCAUUCCUUACACUGACUGAUGGUGAUUUGAAGGAGCUGGGUAUAAAAACAGAUGGAUCAAGACAACAGAUUCUCGCUGCUAUCUCCGAAUUAAAUGCUGGAAAGGGACGUGAGAGACAAAUUCUCCAGGAAACUAUUCACAACUUUCAUUCUUCUUUUGGAAGUAGUGCAAGCAAUCCUCGUCAACAUCAUGUUCUACAGUCACCUACAACCUGGGUUGGUCAACCAAUUACAGCAUCCGGAAAGAGAUAAUACUUAAUGAAAGUUUGAGAUGGUGGUAUGAUUUUAGCACAAGCUGAAUCUGUGCUUCCUUGUUUUAGUGCAUAAAGUUGCACAGGAAGCCACUAAAAACAACUCACCAUGAUAGUGAAUUAAAGUUUAAAUGGAUUCUUAAUCUUUUGCCAAUUUAAAAGGGAAUCAUUUGUUCAUAUUGGAUAAAGAAUUCAUAAACACAGGGCCCAGGAGACUGCUACUCCCAUCUGGUGAACACUGCUAAAUCGUGACAAAGUGAGGUGGAAAGAUGGAAAUUAAUGUGUGGACUUAAAGUAGGUAGAGACCUACAUUUUUGGUCAAUCCUUGGAAACUCAAUGAAGUUUGACAUCCUUGUGUUUGAUUUAUAUUUAAUGCAGUAUUAAAGCAUUUGAAUUUUUGCAAAUUAAACAAGUCGGUACAAGAUUCCUUUCAAUUCUGGAUUCAAGGUCAACGUACCAGUGUGUGUGUGUCUAUAUAUAUAAUGUAUAUAUACACACACACUGGUACACAGACGGCAAAGAAAUAAAGCUGCCAAACACUGAAGACAAUUACAUUGGAAAUUCACAGACUCUUGCAGAAAUGGAUAUUUCAGACUCCUGGGGACAGGUUAACAUUGCUGCAAAUCACUUAUUUUUCUCAAAUCCUGCCAUUAUUGAAUAUAAAUUGCACCUACAAAAUUGUGAUUGCGUUUUAAUGCUGCUUCAUUCAGCUGUUAAUGUAGUUGCCCCCAAGUCUUAAGUUUGCCUUCAGUACAUCCAUUAGUAUUUAAUCUACCUUAUAGGUGGAAUGAUUGGAAUUCUGUUUAGUUUGGAUACUCUUAUGCAUGUGAUGGCUGACCCCCCAAAAAAAACCUUGUCAGUUACUAACUACUGAAAAUCCCAGGAUUCAAACUGGGAUACUGUAGAUUACAACUGGCAACCUGUGUUGCUAAUUUAAGGUGCGAUAAAUGCUAGUUCAAAUUGUUUUCCAAUACCCAACCAGUAACUUGUUUUUAUCAUUUAUUUGUUGCUCACGUUACAGCCCUAAAAUUAGCAUGCAGACUAAUGACAUGUUGAUGUAUAGCAUUCCACUGUAUGAGAAGAGGGAAGAUUCAUUCUUAGGUAUUUUGUUCAAAUUACCAUAAAUUUUGUUUGAGCCUAGACAGCCUGAGUAUUGGCAGGCUAUUCAAUUGUCAAAAACAAGAUUUAUCUGGUCAACCAAAAUAAUCCACAUCUCACAUAUUCUUGCAGAUCUUUGGAUAAUGAUCGGGAACAAUUGGAUUUUCCCUGCCUAACCAAAAGGUGUUGGAACUGAAGAUCGUGUCCCAUCUGCCCUAUUGAUAGCAUACUCAGCACAGAAUGGGAAUCAUACCUGCAACAGAGUAGUUAGAGCACUCGCCUCGCAAGUGAGAGACCUGGGUUUGAUUCCCAGCAGGGCGAAAUAUUGAGCCUUACUCAAGUUACUUACGUUUCCUUACUCUACAUGCCUGUUUACCUAGCAGUAGGUAGGAAGUCGGUUGUUAGCCAAUUGGCGGAUCGCUUUUCCAGGAUGAUAAUUCCUUCAACAAAAAAAAUAAAUUGGUCACUCAAUCCCUGACUGUUUGUGUUUCGCCCACAAAAUAUAGUCAAUUCACUUGACAGUAAUAUUCUGUGAAGUGUUUUGAGAUGCUUGAAAGAUGUGAUAAGACACUAUAUCAAAAUGCAAGUAGUAGUAUUCAUUAUCCUUACAUUCUCUAGGACCUAGUAUUACAGUGAGUCUAUAAAUAUCCAGUAACUUAUAUUUGCACAUAUUGCAAUUAGUUAAAUCUCUACUGAAGUUUUAGAUUGAAGUUAGUUACAUUUGAUCUUAUACAUAGUCCAAAAAUAUCAGUUAGUAGAACUUGUAAUAUGUAUACAAACAAAUGGUCACUGAUUUUGACCAAAUCAGAUUUUCUGAAAUUGCAGUUAGUUUUAAAACCUUUUCAUUUAAAAGAAAAUUUGUAUUUUGUUCCCUGCAACACUACUUGUCAAUGUGCUAUAACUAAAUGCAGAAAUAAAUUUCAUAGAAAUAUUGUCAGGCAUAUGUAUCAAAUGCCAGGUUUUCCAAUAUUGGAAAGUUUUACUUUGUAUAAUUCCAGUGUAAAGAGAAUUGCAGCAUUAAAAAAUAAAUAUACCUGAAACCAGA